AGCCCGGUCCAGCUUGACAAACGCGACCAGGCGGCUUAGUCUGCGAUUUUCACGCCGCCCAGGACCAGACCGAGCCACCACCUCUAUCUUCGUCUGACGCAAUCCUGACGGCGCGCGACUAGAAUUACGCAUCAGCUAGCGGUCGCAUCGAUAGCAGCUGUAUCGACGGCACACAUCCUCAGCCAUGUCGGUCUUCGAGAGCUUCGAUAACAUCUACUUGGACCUGUCCAAAGAGAGCGGAAAGUGCAGGUUCGCCGAGCAUGGCCUAGGAUGGAAGCCCUCGGGCGGCGGCGAUGCCUUCACCCUCGACUCUAGCAAUAUCGGCGGCGCCAACUGGAGCCGAGCCGCCAAGGGCUACCAGGUCAAGAUUAUGCAGCGCAAUUCGGGAGUUAUCCAGCUGGAUGGUUUCCAGCAAGAGGACUACGAACGACUUACCAGGGUUUUCAAAAACUGGUACAGCCACAACCUCGAGAACAAGGAGCACUCGCUCCGUGGCUGGAACUGGGGCAAGGCCGAGUUCGGCAAGGCAGAGCUCACCUUCAACGUGCAGAACCGGCCGUCGUUCGAGGUCCCGUACUCGGAGAUAUCGAACACGAACCUGGCUGGCCGCAAUGAAAUCGCUGUCGAGUUCGCGGUGAACGAGGAUAGCGGCAAGGGCAAGGGCCAAAAGGCCACCGCCGGCAAGGACCAGCUCACCGAGAUCAGGUUCUACAUUCCCGGCACCACCACCAGGAAGGAGGCCGAGGGCGAGGACGCGGCCAGCGACGCCGAUGAGGAGGAGAAGAACGCCGUCACCAUCUUUUAUGAUACCCUCAUCGAGAAGGCGGAGAUUGGCGAGACGGCCGGUGACACGAUUGCGACGUUCCUCGAUGUCCUGCAUCUUACUCCCAGAGGUCGGUUCGACAUCGACAUGUACGAUGGCUCGUUCCGCCUCCGCGGAAAGACGUACGACUACAAGCUGCAGUACGAUGCGAUCAGGAAGUUUAUGGUGCUCCCCAAGCCGGACGAGAUGCAUUUCCUGAUCUGCAUCGGACUGGACCCGCCUCUACGCCAGGGUCAGACGAGGUACCCUUUCAUCGUCAUGCAGUUCAAGCGGGACGAGGAGGUUACGCUUGACCUGAACCUGACCGAGGAAGAGCUCAACGUCAAGUACAAGGACAAGCUCCAGGGCCACUACGAGCAACCCCUGCACCAAGUUGUCACCUACAUCUUCCGGGGACUUGCAAACAAGAAGAUUACCGCGCCCGCAAAGGGUUUCCAGACACACCGCGGACAGACGGGCAUCAAGUGCUCAAUCAAGGCCAGCGAGGGUUUCCUGUAUUGUCUGGAGAAGGCUUUCAUGUUCGUGCCGAAGCCGGCGACGUACAUCUCGUACGAGCAGGUGGGAUCGGUCACGUUCUCGCGUAUUGGAGGUGCCGUCUCGGCGACGCAGACCUUCGACAUUACGAUCCAUAUGAGGACCGGAACGUCGUCGCAGUUUAGCAACAUCAACCGGGAGGACCUCAAGGCGCUCGAGUCCUUCUUCCAGGCCAAGGAGCUGCGCGUCAAGAACGAGCUCGACGAAGACGCAAACCUGAUGGCAGCAGCCAUGCGCCAACAGGCCAUGGAUUCGUCCGAUGACGAGGUUGGGCCCCGCGCGGACCGUGGCUCGGCCGACGAGGACGAGGAGAGCGUGGACGAGGACUUCCAGGCCGACUCGGAGAGCGAAGUCGCCGAGGAGUUCGACUCGGACCACGAGAGCUCGGGCUCGGGCAGUGACGAGAGUGAUGUGGACAACCGGGUCGCAAACGAAGGAGGCGAUGGCGAUGAAGAUGACGAAGAAGAGAAUGAGGAAAAGCCGCCCAAGAAAAAGAAGAAGACGGCGGCGGCGUAAGAAGUUGCCGCAUCGUGCAUCACAUCCUUGGUUUACCACUUGUCGGCCUGUUUGUUAUAGUAACAAAAGAUACUGGUCGGGAUCACGGCCUAGGAACUGGAGAGGCGUUUUGGGGGACGACUUAUUUGAAUGGCCAAUACAUGACUUUUUACCCGUCUGGACAGUCUAGAGUAAAAUAUGAAAUUAUCCA